AUGGCCCCCUGUCCCCAGCCUGACUCCUGCCUGGCUGGCAGCCCCCUGCGCCUGAUAUGUUUGUCCCUUUUGCUCGUCCCUGCUGCAGCUGGAACCUACUGCGAAUGCAGCCUCGGCCUCAGCCGCGAGGCCCUCAUUGCCCUGCUUGUGGUGCUGGCGAGUUUCAGCGCCAGCUGCUUCUGUGCCCUUGUCAUCGUGGCAAUUGGCAUCUUUCGAGCCAAAAAAGGAACAUGCCACAGACAAGUUGACAGCAGGUUGGUGGGGCAGUUCGAAGUCCAGGAAGAUCACAUGGAUCUGCACACGGUGCAUAUGGAGUCCCACCUCAUGGAGCCCCACCUGGAGGUCUCCAUGAUGCCACCCCUUGAGGAGCACAGCCUCAUGCCCAUCCCCAUGGAGGAUGACCUGGAGGAGCUGCCCCCCGCCCCACCCCUGCCUGAGUAGGGUGGAGGGCAGCUGGAGGGAGGGGAAUUAAAGGGUAUUCAGUGGU